AUGGCUGCGGAGCAUGUCUACCAGCCAGUUGGUGAUCCACCCCGUGGCUAUCCAACCGGUGGAACUGAUGUUUUCCAGCCUGGCGGCGAGCCAACUCGGAUCUACCACAGCAGAGGAGGCCUCGCUGAGCGCUGCGACUGCACCGAUGCCUUGCGGAACUUGGGCCCGGCGAUGGGCAUCCUGGCCUCGGCAGCAGCAUUGACGAUCAUCGUCCCGGCGUUGCUUUCUUUAGCGCGUCCGGUGACCCUUGUCCACGAGGCCCAUACCACCACGGUGAGGGCAACAACUACCACAAGUGUAACAACCUUGCCUACCACGACGUUCAGUCGUGCCGUACUGCACAAUUCUACUACAACGACCUCGUCCCAGCACUCGCUCGAUGUGCUCAAGAUCUGCUGCUUUUCCUUCCACCAGAUCCUGAACCCUGCCCAAACUGAAAAGCUUCACGGCGCCAAAGCCGACACUGCAACCCUCCUUGUCUGUGCAGCCUCGCUGGAGCCAUGGGCAGAGGCGAGCCACCGACAGAUGCCCCAGGCUCUUCAGGUUCCACCGCGUCCAGCGCGUCGUCGGAGGUGGAGCUGCAGAGGUUCUGUCAGUUCGUGCAGAGUGAUCCAGAUGCGUUCGAGCUCGCCAUCAAAAUUUUCAGGAUGCGAAUGGACAUGGCUCAGACUCAGAAAGACCGAAAGUCACCACAAGUUGCUCCUCACGAAGAGCAGACAGUGA